ACGAAACAUUUGCCCAUGUGUUACCCAAACGCUCAGUUACACAUGCCAUCAAAUUCUGUUACAAAUACUUGUGUGGUGUGGGAGUAGACAACUCCAUUCCGUUAAAGAAACGAAAUGGUCUGGCGCUCGAGGGGCGCGCRCGGUCUCCUCACUUCAGCACUCUGGACAGCGCUCCACCAACUUGGAGACGGCGAAACUUGGAGUUAAAUUCUAGAAUGAGGACCUUGGAGAUAAACGACGGUGGAAUCAUGGUGGAUAUUAAGUGUAUAUUAUCUACAGGUGCAUGCAAAACGCAAGUGGACUUUUUCAAGUGAGACAUGGACUUUGCGGAAAUUAUCUUCACGUUGUUCAUUGUUGUGGUCGCAAUUGUCUCGUUGUUGUCGAACUUGCUGGUGCUGCUAUGUUUUGUCCAGAGCACCGAGAUCCGCCGACAGGUACCGGGUAUAUUCAUCAUGAACCUGUCUUUUUGCAACAUACUUAUCACCCUUUUAAACAUGCCAUCGACAUUGGUGGGGAUUGUCAGAAACCACCAGCCUUUUGGGGAUUGCCUUUGCCAUACAGUGAGCUUUCUGGAGACCUUUUUGACUGCGAACACCAUGUUGAGUAUGGCAGCACUCAGUAUAGACCGGUGGAUAGCAGUGGUGUUCCCCUUGAGUUACUCCAGUAAAAUGCGCUACAAGGACGCAGUGAUCAUGAUGUGCUACUCGUGGCUCCACUCCCUCACGUUUUCCCUCAUCGCCCUCCUGUUCUCCUGGGUUGACUAUAGCCACAUUUACGCCUCGUGCACGUUGCAUUUGAGCGAGGAGAGCGACAGGAUCAAGUUUACAAUUUUCACCGUCGUUUUCCACGCCAGUAGUUUCCUGCUCUCCCUGCUGAUCCUGUGCUUCACCUAUCUGAAGGUGCUAAAAGUUGCACGCUUUCACUGCAAGAGGAUUGACGUUAUAACCAUGCAGACGCUGUUCUUGCUGGUGGAUAUUCACCCAUCUGUGAAACAAAGGUGUCUGGUAGAACAAAAGAGAAGGAAACAGAGAGCCACCAAGAAAAUCAGCAUUUUCAUUGGGUCAUUCAUCAUCUGUUUUGCUCCSUAUGUUAUUACGAGGUUGACCGAGCUGCUUCCCUUUGUGGGCAUCAACCGCCACUGGGGAAUUGUCAGUAAGUGCCUGACAUACAGCAAAGCGGCGUCUGACCCCUUUGCCUACUCCCUCCUGCGUCUACAGUACAAGAAGGUCCUGGUUACCGUCGUCAACCGGUUGCUGCGCCGUGACCUGUACCCCUCAUCUGGCCACAACAGCUCUCUGGACACGGAGAACGACUACUCUCUCCAGAGGAUCAGUUAAUGUCACCAUUAUGGACAUAACAAAUAUACCACAGACAGACAGACCCAAAAUAAAUAUUUCCCCAUGGAAAGAGGGAGGGAGGUGAGAGAGAGAAGGA